AUGCGCAUGCCCAUUGCCGCCUCAACUUCAUUUUUGUGCUUCGUUGCUGUUGGACGCAAUAGAACAACCUGUACGCCUGUCUAAGCCUUAGACAUGCCUUUCUUUAAGGCUUCGCCAAAGAGUCCUCAGGAGCUCGUCAGAACUGUAAGGGAGGCGUUUGGCAUAUUAGAACGAGAGGCGACGGGAAAGAAGGCAGACAAGGCAUUAGAAGACGUUUCCAAGAGUCUUUCGGCUAUGAAAACCAUGUUGUAUGGAACGGCAGAUCAGGAGCCUCAGACUGAGUUGAUAGCACAGCUAGCUCAAGAGAUUUAUAACUCCAAUCUGCUGCUCUUGCUCAUCAACAGUCUUGAGCGAUUAGACUUUGAAGCAAGGAAGGAUGCUGCUCAGGUAUUCAACAAUGUGUUGAGACGUCAGAUUGGCACUCGCUCUCCUACUGUUGAAUAUCUAUGUACAAGAGAGGACGUUGUCCAUACUCUAGUUAGAGGGUAUGAAAAUCCUGUUAUUGCCCUAAAUUGUGGCAUGAUGCUACGUGAAUGUAUUAAACAUGAAGCGCUUGCGAAGAUGAUCUUGCAAACAGAAGAUUUUUUUCGAUUCUUUGAAUAUGUCGAGGUUUCAACGUUUGAUGUCGCAUCGGAUACAUUUACUGUAUUUAAGGAAUUAUUGACGAAACACAAGAUUCUCUGUGCUGAGUUUCUGGAGCAGAACUAUGAUCGUGUAUUUGGUCUAUAUGAUCGUCUGUUGCAUUCUGAGAAUUAUGUUACACGGAGGCAGUCUCUGAAGUUGUUGGGAGAGCUUCUGUUGGAUCGGCACAAUUUUACAGUGAUGACUCGUUACAUUAGCAAUCCUGAAAACUUGAAAGUAAUGAUGAUGAUGUUGAAAGACAAGAGCAGAAAUAUACAAUUUGAAGCCUUUCAUGUUUUCAAGGUGUUUGUGGCAAAUCCAAACAAAACGAAACCAAUACUUGACAUUCUAUUGAGGAAUAAAGACAAGCUGAUUGACUUUCUCUCACGAUUUCACACAGACCGUUCAGAGGAUGAUCAGUUCAACGAUGAGAAGGCUUAUGUAAUCAAACAAAUAAAGGACCUCAAUCCUCCUACUGCUGCAGCGACAUCUUCAUAACUGAAUCUAGAGCUUGUUUUACUUUUACUAGCCAUGUUGUUCAUUUAUACUAGUUUAUGUCAGUUAAAAGUGAUUUGACAGAUUGA